AUGGUUCCUAUAAAGCCAGACAGGAUGUAUAAGCAAGGCUUUGUGAGGAAACACAUUUGCAGGAGGUGCAAUAUUUUGUACAUGAAAGACAUGGAGAGCAGAACUCUGCCCUGUGCUUGGCAAAAUUGUGACCACCAGCAGGAAGCUGCCAAAAGCUGCCUUUGUGUCCACAGGAUCAAACUGGUUAGCAAAUUGACACAAAUCAUCAAACACAUUUCUCAGGAUCUGAUUUUGCCUAAUGAGGACUGCUGUUAUCAGAAGACAAGAUAUAACAAAGACAUUUUCUUCCAGUCAUAUUGCACAACACCUGAGGACACU